GAGGCGGAGGCGGAGCAGAUUGCCCGGGGCGGGGCGUAGCCUUCCGAAAUGUCCUGCUUAUCUCCUCUUGGGAAGAGUUCGUUUUAAGAGAGAUCCUGGGGUUCCUAGGUAAGAUAGGACAUAUGUCCCGAUUAGGUAUAAUAGUGCCCUCCGCACCCCUCGAGAGGUCACUCAGUGCCAAACGGCGGAUGGUCUAGUCCAGCGGAGACACUCGUUGCCGGCCUGGGCGGAAUCACCACGGGAGUGAAGGGCAGACAGCGCACGCAUGCGCAGAGGCGCAGCAUAGGGGCGGGAGCCGCUGAGCCCCUUCCCAAUGUAUGAGAAGAUCAUUGCUAGGAAGAACUCUGGGUAUAAUGAUGAACACAAUGUAUGUGAUGAUGGCUCAGAUCUUAAGAUCUCAUCUGAUAAAUGCUUCACUGAUUCCUAAUCAAAUGAAAAUGGGUUCAUAUCUUGGUGUCAUUAGAAUUAGAAUGAUGUCAACUCAUAAAUCCAAAAAGAAGAUGAGAGAGUAUUAUAGGCUGCUGAAUCUGGAUGAAGGAUGCUCUGCAGAUGAUGUCAGGGAAUCUUUUCGUAAGCUUGCCAAGCGAUACCAUCCAGACGGUGGGUCUAGGACUGCUGAUUCUGCAACAUUUAUAAGGAUUGAAGAAGCUUAUAGGAAGGUGCUUUCCCACGUGAUAGAACAAACAAAUGCCAGACAGAGUAAAGUUGAAGAAGCAGAAGAAGAAGAAGAAGAAAAAUUCAAAUAUAAAACACCCCAACACCGGCAUUAUUUAAGUUUUGAAGGUAUUGGUUUUGGGACUCCAAGUCAACGAGAGAAGCAGUAUAGGCAAUUUAGAGCAGACCGUGCAACUGAGCAAGUGAUGGAAUACCAAAAGCAGAAGCUACAAAGCCAGUAUUUCACUGACAGUAUAACUGUUAAAGAUGUAAGACACAGUAGAGAACAAAAGAUAACUCAAGCAAUAGAGCGUUUAGUGGAGGAUCUCAUUCAGGAAUCAAUGGCAAAAGGAGACUUUGACAAUCUCAGUGGGAAAGGAAAACCUCUAAAAAAAUUUUCUGGCUGUUCAUAUAUUGAUCCCAUGACUCACAACCUGAAUAGAAUAUUGAUAGAUAAUGGAUAUCAACCAGAGUGGAUCCUAAUGCAAAAGGAAAUAAAGGAUACUAUUGAUCAACUCAGAGAGGCAAUUUUAGUGUCGAGGAAAAAACUUGGGAAUCCAAUGACACCAAUUGAACAGAAACAGUGGAACCAAGUUUGUGAGCAGUUUCAAGAAAACAUCAGAAAACUAAACAAGCGAAUUAAUGAUUUUAAUUUAAUUGUUCCUCUCCUGACCAGGCAAAAAGUUCAUUUCGAUGCUCAGAAAGAAAUUGCCAGAGCCCAGGAAAUAUAUGAGACCCUUAUGAAAACAAAAGAAGUCACAGAUAAAAACCUGAAUAACGUUGUUCAGGGAGAAGGGGAGAAAACACCUGGAGUUAAGACAGGUUUUUUUAACUGGAUAAAUGUGUGGAAACUUAUUAAAAUAUGACCGUGUCAGUGUUCAAAGUACUGCCCCAAAUCAUUUUCCAUAGUAUUGACAUUACAUAGAGGCUGAGAUUUAUUUCUGUAACACAAGAGUUUGAGAACUGUGUGUCUCUGUACUUUUCACAAAACUAAUCAGAUCGCCAAUUGAUGAACGAGAAAGCUUUAAGAAACUGAGUUAGAAAAAUGUUCAACCAGCUUUGCUCUGAGAAUAUGGCAAGACAAGAGAAUUACUUUUAAAGAAACAAUUUAACCCAUUUCAGAAUUUAAAUAUCAGUCAUCAGGUGAAAGGAGUUAGGUCAGGGACGCAGGCUGGAGAUCGUAAAGGGUAUUCCAAAGUCUUAGUGCAGUUUUAAGCUCUAAUAACUUAAAAAUAGUUUCUGUUUGCCAUCUUCAAACAAGGUACUUCAACAACAACAACAAAUGUAUUAUAAGAAGUCCCAAAGCAUGGAAUGUAGGCAAGUAAACCUCCACAUGAUGUAUGUUUGUUUGCAAGUUUGUUGAAUUUGUACACCUGAGGUUAUUAAAGCUCAAAACUUUUAAA